GAGCUGGAGAGGAACCAGAGACGGAGACGCAGCCGAAGGGACAAGAAGACCCACACGGAGAUACAGACGGACUAAUAAAUAAUAAAUAAAGACAGUUUUUUUCUGGGGAUCUCUGCUCGACACCACCAUGUUUAAGAAGAAGGAGUCCAAGGGCGGCACGCUGAAGUCCUCCGGGAAGUCCAGGCCUGGGACCAGCAGCCUGGCCCUGCUCAUCGCCCAGAUGCAGCAGAACGCCGACCAGGUGGAGAAAGACAUCCUGAAGUCAGAGGAGCUGCUGGCCGUGGAUAACGAAAACGACAAGAAGGAGCUGGCGUUCCAGCACCAGGACGAGGUGUCGGUGAAGCUGGGCGAGGCCGAGGACCUGAUCCGGGACCUGUUCCUCAACGUGGACACGGCCAAGAAGCUCAAGCACCCGCAGGUCCGCGAGAUCGAGAGCGACGUCAUCCACCUGCACGAGCGCUGGCUGAAGGACUGCAGCUUCUACCGGGACAUCUACGAGCAGAUCGACGACGUCUCACUGAUGCCGCGCAUCGACUGGGGGCCGGUCCUGAACCAGAAACAGAAAGAGGUGAACGUGGAGGAGUACGGUCCCACCAUGGCCGACCUGGAGAAGCAGAUCGCUGCUCACAACAUCCUGCACAAAGAGAUCGAGGCGUACAACUCGCAGCUGUGCGUCAGCUCCGCCGGCAGCAAGGAGAAAUACACGGCCCUGAAGAAGCAGUACAACAACCUGCUGGAAAACUCCAAGUGGCGUCGUCACUACCUCACCAGCCUGUACGACUACAUGCACGGCUGCAGCAAAGAGCUGUCGUUCCUGGGGGAGCAGCAGAACAGCAUCCGGACGCAGGACUGGAGCGACCACAUGGUGGACCCGCCCGACGUCCGCCGGCAGUACGAGAACUUCAAGAGCAACAGUCUGCUGAACCACGAGGGCGAAGUGAACAACCUGCAGGACGAAGGGGACCGGCUGAUCGAGCUGAAGCACCCGGCCAGCGCCACCAUCCAGGCCCAGAGGGACAACGUACGCAACGAGUGGCAGGAGUUCCUCAACCUGUGCAUCUGCCAGGAGACGCACCUGGACAACGUGGAGGAGUACAAGAAGUACCAGCUGGACAGCGAGCAGCUGUCGGAGACGCUGACGAAGCUCAACAACAGCCUGGACCCCAAAGCCCUCAGCAAGAAGAGCAAGUCGGAGACGCUGCUGCAGCUGGAGGGGGAGGAGAACACGGUGCAGAACUGCGACCAGCUGCUGGCCGACCUCCGCAGACGCAGCACCACCAUCGCCCCCCUCAAGCUGCGGCGCAGCGCCCCCAGCAGGCCGGUCACCGUGGAGUCGCUGUGCGACUGGGAGUCCGACCAGGGUUUCCUGUCCAGAGGGGAGAAGUUCUCCCUGAAAUCCAUCUCUGAGAACGAGGACUGGGACGUCACGUCCUCCGACGGCGUGACCAAGACCUUCCCGGGGGUUUGUUUCCAGAUCCCUCCCCCCGACCCCGAGGCCAUCGACAGAGUGGACCUGAUGGGCGCGGAACUGGCGGACAUCAAGAAAAGAAGAGCGGAUCUGGCCUCGUCCCUGAAGAACCACAAAUCUGACGCCAUCAAGCCCCGACAGUCAGCUCCGGUGUCGGCCGCGGCCCCGGACCCCAAAGCCGCGGCUCUGGCCGAGCAGCUGGACCGUCUGGACGGAGACCUGGCCGGGGCCGAGGAGGCCGUGCUGGGCCGGCUGAGGGCCCCGCUGAACCGGGCCGACCCGGCCGGGGACCUGGCCCAGAGGCUGAGAGAGCAGGAGGAAGCUGCCGGGGCCCUGAAGGCUCUGGAGCAGCAGAAACAGGCGGCUCAGGCCGACCUGCAGCCCCUGCUGGACCAAGACCCCAACGGCACGUCGUCCGGCCUCCCGCUCAAACUCAGCGCCGCCAGCAACAAGUACGACAGCCUGGCCGCGCUGGCCGACCUCUACGAGAAGAAAGCAAAUGCGUCCCUGAACCUGGAGAACCAGAUUAAGAAGGUGGACGGCAUCGUCUCCGGGUUUGAGGAGGACCUCAGUGAAGACGGCCCGCUGCCCGAGUCCCCGGACGCCAUCCCAGCCCGCGCCGAGGACAUCGAGCGCCAGCGGAGGUCCGUGGCGGCGGCUCAGGACGACGUGAAGAAGCUGAGCCAAGACCUGGAGGCGACGGAGCAACUGUGCAGCUCGCUGCAGCAGAGCUACCAGGAGUACUGCCCCGACGUCCAGCGCCAGGGCAAGGAGGUGAAGCAGCUGCAGACCCGCUACGCCAACGUGGCCUCCCAGCUCAAGGAGAGGGAAAACAUCUUACAAGAGGCUUCUCCGAAGAACCAGGACUUCCAGAGCUCGUGCAAGUCUCUGAACUCCUUCCUGGACAACCUGCCGACGGACCGGGUCGGCCCCGGAGACGACCUGGCCCAGGUGGCUGAGAAGCAGAGCUCCCAGGAGAGAGCGGUGGACGACCUGAAGAGGAAGGAGGACGACGUGGACCGGGUGUCUGCGCUCUCUCAGGACCUGCAGAGUCUCCUCAACGACUACGAGUCCAACGUUGACAAAUACAACAGCACACUCGAGGAUUCUGGCGCCGCAGUUCCUAAGAAACCUCCCAUGCUCACGCUCUCUGACGCUGUUCAGAAAGAGGAAAAAGAUCUGGUGAACCGCUAUGCCGAGGCAAAGGCCGAAAACAACCAACGCCUGAAGCAGAUGGGCCUGGCCAAGAAUCUAAUUCAACAGAACGAGGAGAAGGUGCAGAUGGUUGCGCAGCAGCAGGUGCAGCUGCAGAGCCAGCAGAGGAACGCCUGCGAGGUGGACGGCCUGGUGAAAGAGCUGGAGGACGAGAAGGAGAGGGCGACUCACGCCGAGGCCGAGAUGAGGACCUACAAAGACCGGAUGAUGUCGCUGAAGAGCCGGCGAGGGGUGGAGCGCGUGGAGGAGAAGGAGGUGCUGAAGUACUACCGCGACCCCAAGCUGGAGAGCGAUCUGGACGACCUGAGCGGCAAGCUCCACGAGGAGGCGCUGAAACGGAGCGCCACCCAGUCGGAGAUCGAGCUGCUGAACAAGAAAAUCACCGCCGUUCAGGACACGAUAAAAAACACCACCCCCAAGCUGGUGACCAGGGAGGUGACGGAGUACGAGAAGGAUCCUCAGCUGGACGUGGACGCCGCUAAGAUCAGAGACGACAUAGCCAAGCUUAGGGACGAGAUCCACGCGAAAGACGGAGAGCAGGUUCAGAUGAAGACGGAGGUCUCGAUUCUCCAGGCGAAGAAGCCGCCCAUCAAGGAGAAGGUGGUGAAGAAGGAAGUGGUUAAGGUGGAACAGGAUCCCACGAUGCUGAGAGCUCUGCAAACGUUUGAGACGGAGAUUUCCGACGAGGCCAACACGAGCUCGCUGCUCAAUGACCAGAUCUUCCAAACCAGGAGUCAGAUCAACGCGCUGGAGAGGCUCAUUCCCAACAUCCAGCCCAAGGUCAUCACCAAGGAGGUGAAGAAGAUCGAACAAGACCCGGAGCUCAUCACGGAGACCAAGAGAAUCCGUUCCAACCUCGAGGGAGAGAAGAUCGAGAACAACUCCUUGUCCAAGGAAGUCAUGGAGCUCAACAACCGCUACCGGCACGUUCAAGACUGGAAGCCCAGAGUGGAAGUGAAGGAGAUCGUCAACGAGAUCUACCGGAUAGACCCCAACACGGAGGUGGAGAUCGUGCGAAUCCGCAAGGACAUCCAAGACUCCGACAAACACCGUGCCGACGUCGAAAAGGAGAUCGCCGACGUCACGGCCGAUCUGAACGUCCUCCGUUCUCAGAAGCCCGAAGUGGAACUGAAGGAGGUUUUCGAAGAGGUGGUUAAGGAGGAGAGGAGCCCGGAAAACGAUCGUGAGAUUCAGAGGCUGAACGAUCAAGUGAACCACUUGCACAGCAAUCACAACUCCCUCCUGGACAAGAUCCGCCGGCUCCAGAAAGAGAGGGACGAGUGGAAGGCCGAGAAGUCCAAGGUGGAGACCAAACUGGUCAACAAGGAGGUCAUCAAGUACGAGCCCGACCCGCUGCUGGAGAAGGAGGCCGAGCGCCUGCGGAGGAACGUGAGGGAGGAGGCGCAGCUCCGGCGCAGCAUGGAGGAGGUGGUGUUCGACCUCCAGAACAAGUGCAUCCUGCUGGAGAGGCAGAAGCCCGAGGAGAAGGUGGUGGUGCAGGAGGUGGUGCGCCUGCAGAAGGACCCGCGGCAGCUCGUCGAGCACGAGCGGCUCGGCAGGGACCUGGACGAGGAGGUGACGACCCGGCGUCAGCUGGAGCUGGAGCGGCAGCAGCUCAAGUCCAAGGUGGAGGACAAAGAGAGGGCCGUACGGGAGAGCGAGGAGAGCCAGAGACGGGUCCAAGCCGAGGGCGAGCUCAGGGAGAUCCAACGGCGCAUCAGCCAGCUGGAGAACGCGCCGCCUCCCGUGGAGGAGAGCAUCGUGGUGGAGGAGGUGCUGAAGGUGGAGAGGGACCCCAAGCUGGAGAGGAUGACCAACGGCCUGCGCUCCGACAUGGACAAGGAAACCAGCGACAUCCUGCGUCUGGACCGGGACAUCCGUGGCACCAACGCCAAGCUGGAGAUCCUGAAGAGAGAGAAGUCCGGGGAGAAGACGGUGUACAAGGAGGUGGUGCGCGUGGAGAAGGACCAGGCCGUGGAGGCGGAGAGGGAUCGCCUGAGGGAGCAGUACUCCCAGAGCAAGUUCGACCGGCAAGACCUGGAGGACGAAAUCAGACGCCUCGGCGACAAAAUCAACCGCCUGACGAGCAGCAAGUCCAACACGUCCAGGGAGGAGACGACGCUGGUCGUCAACAGAGACGCUCUGCAGAGGGAAAAGGACGACCUCAGCCGGGAACUCCGAGACCUGGAGGCCAAGAAACGCGACACCAGCCAGUCCUUCCAGCAGCAGAGCCGGCUGAUGGGCGAACGCACGCAGAAGACCCGGCAGAAGAGCAUGAAGAUGGAGUCCGACUCCCAGCAGCUGGAGAAGCAGAUCCUGGACGAGAAGGACAAGAUCCACCAGCGGGACGGCACCAUCCGCGACCUCCAGUCCAACCUGCAGAAGGAGGAGAGUGCCGAGACGCGGACCAAGGAGACCAACGUCUCCACCAAGAUCACCAUCCUGGACCCGGACACGGGCAAGGACAUGUCCCCGUACGACGCCUACCUGCAGGGCCUCAUCACCCGCCAGCAGUACAUCGACCUGCAGACGCUGGAGUGCGACUGGGAGGAGAUCACGUCCACGGCACCGGACGGGGAGACGUCCGUCCUGCUGGACCGCAAGAGCGGGAAGCAGUACUCCAUCAAAGAUGCCAUCAAGGAAGGGAGGCUGACGGAGAAGGAACUCCAGCAGUACAAACAAGGGAAACUCCCCAUCUCCGAGUUCGCCCUGCUGGUGGCGGGCGAGGAUAAGAAGCAGCCCAAGCUCGACUCAAUCCUCCCAAAGUCCAGCAAGCCGGACAAGUCGGCCCCCUCGGACCUCCCCACGCCUGAGGAGAGAUUCCCAGUUUCGGGAGUGAUAGACGUGCACACCGACACCGUCUACACGGUCCGCGCCGCCACCAUGCGCCGGCUGAUCGACCACACCACGGCCCAGCGGCUCCUGGAGGCUCAGGCGGCCACAGGCGGCAUCAUCGACGUCCAGGACAAGAGGAGAUACAAGGUCCACAAGGCCACGAACAGAGGCCUGGUGGAGGAGUCGCAGGUGCAGCGGCUGCUCAACGCGGAGAAGGCCUUCGUGGGCGUGGAGGACCCCAUGACCCGAGAGCUGCUGUCUGUGGGCGAGGCCAUCCAGAAGGGCUGGAUGCAGAAGAGCUCGGCCAUGCGCUACAUGGAGGCCCAGCACCUGACCGGGGGACUGGUCAGCCCUCGCACCGGCUCCCGGGUCAGCGUCUUCGACGCCGCCGGCUCCAAGAUGAUCGACAGCACGAUGAUGAGGGAGCUGCAGGCGGACAGCACCCACGUGAAGGACAUCGUAGACCCGCUGACCAAGGAGAAGAUCAGCUACAAGCAGGCGCUGGAGCGCUGCAGGACGGACCCGGCGUCCGGCCUGCCCAUGCUGCCCGCCUCCUCCAAGGAGUCCGGAUACAACUCCUUCGGGCGGUACUAGAGAGACGAGCACGACGCGGAGCUUUCUGAUCAAACUGUCCCGCCAGAUACGUGGAGUUCAUACCGUAUUGUCCCGAAUAUAAGACGACCCCGAUUAUAAGACGACCCCCUCUUUUCAAGACUCAAGUUUGAAGAAAGACUUUUUGAACACCAAAUUCAAUUUUUAUACAGAAAAUAAUUACAGUACAUCUACAAAUGAUUAUAACAAUAUAUUGGAGAGAAAAAGCAUGUUAUUUUGACUAUUUGAAAUCAUAUCUUGAAGUUUGCAACAUAACUUCUCCUCAGCUGCCGGUUCACCUGCCGAACUUCCACCCUCUUUUCUCCAGAUUGUCGCUACGUUUCUCCACUUUCUGUUAUCUCUUCUCUUAUUUUCUCCUCUUUUCUUUCUUAUACUAUCUUUUAGUUUUCUUCUUCGUGACAGGGGUUCGCUUUGGCCUGGGGAGUUAAGUUCAGCAUUCGCUUUAAAGAUAUCUGGCGCCAUCUAGCGGUGUAAAUGGGUAUAACGUCUAGACCCCGAAUGUAAGACGACCCCCACUUUUUCAGUCUUAUUUCAAUGCAAAAAACACCGUCUUAUAUUCAGGCCAAUACGGUAUAUUAUUGACUCAGGAGACACGUCUUGUAUUUGUUUACUACACGUGUCUUAUGUGGGCAGAUGUUCUUUUAUUUUCUUUUUAUUUUUAUCUAAUUUAAAACCAGAGAACAUAAAUGAUGUUUGAGAAUGUGUGAAAUGAAGAUGAUGUUAUUGACGUAGGGAUACUGGGACAUGGUGCAAUGCUAUUGGCCAAGUUUGAUUUGAUUCUGUAUUACUCACGGGCUCAAUGUUGUUCACUUUAAACUCACGAUUGUUUGAUACUUUAUGAAGAAACAAACCAAUAAAUUUAAAUUAUGAUGGUUAA